AUGUCAGCAAGUCGCCGCGUUGCACUCGUUUUUUAUUUUUCGAAAAUAAUUGUGAGCGUAGCAGUUGUUUUGUUUAUUUUUCGAGAAAAACUGUAGUUUGAGUGUGAAGUGAUAAUGAUACUGAGAUUAUUAUUGUGUUUUGUGUGUGUGCCUGGUUUUAGUGCGGCGUUAAUAACAAAAGAGAUCUGUAUAAAAUGCGUACCCAUCAAAGACUGCCUGGUGUUCGGGAACCUGACCAAGGUAGAACAAAAGCGGUGGACGGCUGACUUCUCGUGUACUCUUCCCAAGCUGGAUACGGAAGUCGACUUUGGGUUAGCACCUUACGCUAGAGGACAAUAUAUAUGCUGCCCUCACACAAACGCCGUCAACUUCGCAAAAAGCCAUGCUCCGCAAAUCAGUACAAAACACCCAAGAUCUCUUGACAAGUACGAUUCAACGCCAAACCCCGUCGAAUAUGAAAGUCAAAGACAGACCGAGAAUGUAUGGAUGAAUCAAGACCAACAGAAUGACAAUGAGAAAGAAUACGACAGCCAACGCAUGCCAUCUUGGCAGCAAGGGCCGUUUGAUUCAGGUUUUUUUAAUAGACCUAACAGGCCUAUGCAGAGUAUGUUUGGUAGCAAUCCGUUUCAAAACCCUUAUUUUAUGGGUAAGCCGAGGACGCAACCGAGUCAGAGAGGGCCGAGUAGGCGCACAGGCGGAUCUGGCCAGAGUUCGGGCGGAUUCGGGCAGAAUUCUGGUGGAUUCGGACAAAAUUCUGGUGGAUUCGGACAAAAUUCUGGUGGAUUCGGGAAAAAUUCACCUGGAUUCGGACAAAACUCGGGUGGAAACGGUCAAUGCUCGGGUUUGACAAGUUUUCCGCCGGAGCCGAAUAAGGGCUGCUGCGGACGGGAUGUGUCUGAUGCUGACAGGAUCAUAGGUGGAAAGACAACGGAGAUCGACCAAUUUCCAUGGACGGUGUUGCUCAAUUCGAAAUUCACAAAUGGAAGAACCACGGCCGAGUUCAGCUGCGGCGGAUCCUUGAUCAGUGCACGAUAUGUGCUCACUGCCGCACACUGUCUGUACGACGAAACCUCCCGACUGUCCGAUGUCGAAAUAUACCUAGCGGAAUACGACAAGCGCACGUUCCCUCGCGACUGCAUGAUCAGCCCUGGUGAAGGUCGAAGGUGCAUCGAGAACAUUGCCAUGCGAGCUGAGGACGUGGUGCUGCACCCUCAGUACGAUGACACGAGGUUGCAGAACGACAUAGCCCUGAUACGGCUCCGAGGGACCGCACCUUAUACAGAUUACAUUCGCCCAAUCUGCCUGCCUCUAAUCAACGUCGACAGCCCCGACUUCUCCAACCUGCCCCUAUCAGUCGCUGGCUGGGGCCGAAACGGGCGCUAUCAAUCCGACAUCAAGCAAUCCACCGUCGUCAACCUAGUGCCUCAAGGAGAGUGUAAGAGGCACUAUCCGCACCUGACGCGCCGCCAUCUUUGUGCUGCGGGACACACGGGGGAGGACACGUGCAAGGGCGACUCGGGAGGGCCUCUCAUGAUGUUGCACAGAGGGAAGUACUUCGUGGCGGGGAUCGUGAGCGGGAAGAGGGCGGAUUCACCUUGCGGCUCGCAGGUGCCGUCGUUGUAUACUAAUGUUUAUAACUAUUUAGAUUGGAUUAGGGCUAACAUCCGGAAUUAGACAGUUAACAAGUAUAUAUUUGAUAUUUUAAGAACUUAACCGUUGUCAAUAAGAAAAAACUAUAUGAUACUAAACU